UCCAGUAGUCACGAUAGCUUUAGCGGGGGUAGUUUAGAACUCACGGUUUUAGUUCAACUGAGGCCUGUAGGUUUUCAGGCCUAGCGUGUCUUUGCAAGUUGCGCAGAUCCAUCCUGCUAGUCCGGCAUCCACGAGAGCAGCAACCCAAGAGAGCGAUAAUUGACUACAGCCCCCUUAUAUGGGCAGGGGCUGGACUAGAGCUAAUUGGUCCUAUACUGAUGUCAAUCACCAUUACAAAGGAUUAUGGGUAACAUGUGACCCAAGGACCUCCAACAUACCAGAGAGGAUAUCAACAUGGUCACAUGAGCGAAGGUCCUGCGAUGCCAACCGAGGAGGUAAAGAAAGUAAAACUGAUGGAGGAAUAUAGGACGCAUUAUGUAUGGAUUACCAUUCUGUGCCUGAUACAAAAUUACGGCUGGUGCGCAGACAUCAUCGAUGGUCCUCAGAACGUUACGGUGCACAGUGGAGGGAACGCCAGCUUCCUGUGCACGGUCGCAUCUAAUUGGCAGAUUGUGUCCUGGUACCUACAGGACGUCUUCAUUGUCAGUAUAUCCCCCACCGAGACCACCUUGAGCAAAGACCACACCAUCGAGGUACAGAACAGCACCAACACCCUCACCGGAGCCUUCACCUCAGAGAUAACCAUCAUCAACGUCAACAAAACCAACUCCGGAGUCGUGAGAUGCAGCAGCCUCUCCGCAUCGUUCAAAGACGCAUACCUGUCCGUCCAGGUGAGCGGCUCUCUUCGUAUAACAAACGGAAGUGUCACCGUGACUCCGAACUCCACGGUCAGCAUGGUCUGCCAAGCGGCACAGUGGUACCCGGCGCCGUCCAUCACCUGGCACCUAAAUAAUACCUUGGCGGAUACUUUGUAUUACUCCACUAUAUACUCCACAGACGCCAAUGACUAUGUGACAGCCAUAAGCACUUUUACAAUUAGUCCUGAAUGGGAUCUGAGCCUGACCUGUCUGGCCUCGAUACAGACUCUGACCCAACCGCAGUCAGCGACGGCCAACGUUACUGUAAAGGAACACAUCCCAGGGAGCGGCUCUUCGCUCAGUCAGACGGACAUCAUCCUCAUCGCCGUCUUCGCGUCGCUCGGGGGUUUGCUGCUCCUCAUCGUCAUCAUCGUCCUUAUCGUGUUUUGUCGCAAAAGGAGAAAAAAGAAGAAAAGAGAGAGCAGCUAUCAGAGUGAUGCAUGGAAAGCCACCGAGAAAAAUGACAGUAAUCUGACAGAGACCAUUGACAGAGACAAUCUUGGAGAACAUAACUUUGCAUAUACACCCGAACCUGUGCCAGUACAGCAAAGUUUUGGCUCCAUUAAUGGGAGCAACUCAGCUUACUAUGAUAAUAGAUCUACCUCAACAGAUUUUAGUUUAAAGGAACCUCCUCCUCAGAAAUGGACUGACUAUCGUCUGAAGACCAUAAGACAUGUCACCCACGUGUAAUAAACGUUCAACGGCAGAUACGUAGACGACAUACAGAAUGAGUUUCCUUCCAUGGAUCCCAUAUUAACAUUAUAACCACAGGAUGAAGUAUAACCAUGAUGGAACAGAUCAGGGGUCAUGUCUGGGGAAGAGGAUGCUACUCACCUCCAUCCCAAUAGAGAACUUUUUUUUCGUCUACAAAAUUAAAAUCGCAAUAGUAACGCGGGUUGUUACCAAAAAAUAAAUACAAUAAAUCACAAAAACUCUGACAAAAUUAAAAAAUAUAUAUUUUUAUCUUUUAUAACAAAAACAACAACAAAAAGCCAAAAACAACAAAAAAGAUAAUGGAUAUUACGAGGUGAUUAUAUAAAAUGGUGGUGAAGUUUUUUUAAUUGGAAGAUGGAACAUCCAGGAUCCUCCAAUGUGCCCAGGCGUGGAUACAAUAAUGGACCAUGUCUUAUCAAAUCCUAAUGUUCUAUUCAUGCUCCAUAAAGCCGAGCGUUGUUCUUCUAGGAUGCUAAAUGUCUAUGUUCUAUUGAUCUAGAACACGUGUCAUAAGAGUAGGAUGCUAUUUUUCUGGAACUUUCGAGGUCGAUAUGCUAAUGUGAUCACAAGUCAGUGUGUCAUUGCUCAUGUAUCAUGUUCAGAUGGUUCUAGGGACAGAGGUCUACUGUUCUAGAAGUUUAAGUAGCAGUGUUCCAUUGUUCUUGAACCCUCCAUUGUCAGUGUGUAAUUUCCCCAGGUUUCUCUAUGUCAGUAUGUUGUUGUUCCAGGACUCCCAAUGUCAGCAUGUCUUGGACCAGGUCUCCUAGUGUCCUUGUUCCAGGUCCUGCAGUUCAGUGUAUCAUUGUACCAGGUCUCUCCAGGUCAGUGUAUCAUUGUACCAGG